GCGUUGAGGGGAGAGGAGGAGGAGGAGGAGGAGGAGGAGGAGGAGGAGGAGGCUGUGGUGGUGGUGGUGGUGGUGGUCGUGGCCAGGCAGCAGCAGCAGCAGCAGCAUCAGUGGCACAGAGGAUGUUGGAGGAGGUGGACGUGGUGCCUUGCUCUCCUCACACCACCACCACCACCACCACCACCACCGCCACCACACACCACCAUCACCACCUCCUUCCCCUUUCCUGCCUUCACCACUGCUGUUGUUUCAGUCGCUGCUCUAAUCCUGUCCUAACGUCUCAUGCCUCUACUGUUUUCACCACUUCUACUAUCCUAACGUAACUACUACUACUGCUGCUACUACUUCUAAUCCUAAUACUGCUACUAAUACUUCUACUACUUCAAUUCUUUCUACACUCCUAACCUAACCAUUACUUCUACUACUACUACUACUACUGCUACUACUACUACUACUACUACUACUACUACUACUACUACUACUACUACUACUACUACUACCACCACCAUUCCAGUCUUCUUUUCCCUACGACCAAAACCACCACAACCACACUUCUACUACUACUACUACUACUACUACUACUACUGCUACUACUACUUCUACUACUACUACUACUGCUACUACUACUACUACUACUACCACCAUCACCACUACCACCAUCAUUACACACACACACACACACACAGACACACACACACACAGACAAGUUAAGGAAAUAGAAGAACAACAAGAAGAGGAAGAAGAAGAAAGAGGAAGACGAGGAGGCGAGACGAGAACAAGAAUGAUAACAAUGAAAACCUGAACUUCCCAACAACCACAUCUUACUAUUAACACCCCAAAACACACCCCACACCCCAGUAAACAUGACCAGCGCACUACCACCCCCUCCCCACACCCCACUGGCCCCACACAUGCUGGCCUCCCACCCACCACACCUACACGGACCGCACAUAUGCAGGGACAGGCGGACGAGUCUCAUAGAGGGCGGACCAAUUAUCCCAGGGGACUGUGGUGCCCCUAUGCUCAACGGGCUUGACUCCGUGGCGCCCUACAGCCUCUAUGCACCCCCGAGGGACCCCAGCUUCUAUGACUCGGGGCCGGAAGGGGAGGUUGGGGAGGAUUCGGAGAGUGGGAGUCAAACUGAAGACCCCGGGGAGACGACUACAGAGGGGGAGAGAACACCGGAGCCUCGUGUGGGUUACGUGUCAACAUUUUUUCGAUGUGGGUGUAGCUGCUGUUGGCGGUACCAGCUGUGUCGGAUGGGUGGCAAGGGCUAUGGGUACUCUCCCCCUGCGGCAGUGUUUGAUGACGACCCUGGGAUCAUGAGCGAGGCAGAGACGUCCUCCACGGGGUUCCGCAGGGGGGAAACAGCGAGCCUCCCUCCCCCCAGCCCGCUCCCCCUCCUCCAAGACCCUCGAUGCCAGGUCCUUCGAGUCGGACGCUAACAGUUCCUUUUGGGAUGACGACCCUGGUAUCAUGAGCGAGGCUGAGACUUCCUCCACUGGGCGCGGCAGGAACGUGAAGCCUCGGACCUCCCUUCCAAUAGUGCGCACGCCCUCCAAGACCCUUGAGCGACCCCUGGGGCUAGUCUUCCUGCAGUUCCGUGGGGAGACGAAGAGGGCGCUGCUUCCCAAUGAAAUCACCACUUUAGACACGGUAAAGGCGCUGUUCGUGCGGUCCUUCCCCAACCAGCUGACCAUGCAAUACCUCGACCUUCCCUCUGUUAAGCUGUACAUUCAUGACUCGUCUAAAGACAUGUUUUACGACCUCGAGGACUUGGGCCGAUGUCUAGAGAGGGACAUCAGGGACCGCUCCGUGCUGAGGGUGUUCGAAGGGGAGGGCGUCAACGGCCAAGGGUCAGCGUGGGACAGCGGCGGUGACCAGUCUUACUUCAGCGAGCCAGAGUUCGAUUCAGAUUUUCAACAGCAACAUGUUCACAGCAAAACCAAGAGCGGCAAGUCCGGGGGUUACUACAUGGCGCACUCCUACCCCCCCGGCGCCCCCCAGCCCAAUGCAGGGAUCGCCCCCAUCCCCCGAGGACCCCGCCCCCCUAUCCGCCAGAACGCAUGCAUGGGGAUGGAUACCUGUCUUCCCCGGAGAGGUCCCCUAGGCCCUAUGGGGGAGGGGGGCCUGCCUUCCUCACCCCCACCCCUAGUUACGAGGAUCCUUACUAUGGGGGCCAGUACCCAUCACGCAGCGGCUCCGUCACCCCCAUCAUUGACGAGGAGACCAGGUCAGCGUUCUACAGUAUGAGGGUAGAGCAGAUGGAAAGACAGCUGGCAUCUCUGACUGGCUUGGUGCAGAAGGCUCUACACACGGGCGUCGCCACCUCACCCCGGCCUGACCACAUCCCCCUGGCGCCGCCCCCUGCUGUAGCCGCCGCUGCCGCCGCCGC